GGCGGUAUAAAUCUAGCUGGACCUCGCAAACCCGGCCGCGGCACAAAGAGUUUCUGAGCGGAGGCGCGAGCUGCACAUCCUGUACAACAACGCGUAAGAGCCGAACGAGACUGAGCUGCCGCAUAUGGGAUAGUAGAGUCAUGUGGUGCCCGGUCGAGCACCUCACGGCGGAAGGGUACGACAUGCAGUUUGGGACGAACGUUCUCGAGCAAAUGACCUCUUCACGGAGCUGCUCGUGUCCGCACUCGCCGCCCAGCCGCUCGUCCGACGGUCAUGCACGCGUCAUCAACACCAUCAGCGGCGGCGCGUACUGACAUUCCGCGACAGUUCGGAACGCACGAGGCAGAUGAUCCAGGAUUUAUGCGGUCGGAGCAAGCUAUGAUAGCAUGGGCUUCCGACGCGCGUUGUGGGAUUGGAGGCUGACGGAUGCGAUAGGUCUCAGCGUUCGAGGUUCAAAAGUUCUUCUUGGUAGGGUGUCGU